GUCAAGUUCAAGCGCGUUGCAAGGAAAUUUCAGCCCCCCCCCCUCCCUACUUUCUCACCAAGUAGGACUCCGAGGCAGGAUCCUAUCAGUUCCAUCAAUUUCUUGAAAAUGACCCUAUACUGGUUUACACUGCCCUUUGAUCUUUGAAAUUAUGAUAUUGUUCGGGGCGCUUAACGAAAUUCAUAAAUGACCUGGCUGAUGAAGACCUCUUGCAAUUCCACUUACUCCUCCCUCAUGUCGACUCCGGAACUUCCAGACGCAUGCGCCGACUAUCACAAAUGCACACUCACAGCAUCGUCCAUCACGCAGACGGUUGUCGAUUCAGAAGCUGAACGGCCUCUCCCCGAAAGCAUACCAAAGACUAUUCCUUCACAGCACGAAUUCCGUACCUUAGUGCUCUGCUUUGACGGUACCGGGGACCAGUUUGACGCCGACAAUUCGAAUAUCGUACAGCUCUGUUCGUUGCUGAAGAAAGAUGAUAGAUCUAAGCAGAUGGUCUAUUAUCAGGCCGGGGUGGGUACCUACUCACCGUCUCAAAGUCCAAACCUUCUCACAUCAAAAAUAUACAAGACUGUUGAUCUCAUGAUAGCUUGGAGCAUUGACACUCAUGUCAGGGAUGGUUAUCGAUUCUUGAUGCAAAACUAUCAUAUUGGUGAUCACAUAUGCAUCUUCGGUUUCUCACGCGGGGCGUACACAGCCAGGAGUCUCGCCGGGAUGAUUCACAAAGUAGGCUUACUACCGCCGGAUAAUUGGCAACAAGUCCCUUUUGCAUACAAAAUGUACACUCGGGCAGACGAGAUUGGAUGGUCACAGUCCACGGCCUUCAAAAAGGCAUUCUCUAUUGAUGUUCCAAUAGAAUUCGUAGGAGUAUGGGACACAGUUGAUUCAGUGGGGCUCAUCCCGAAAGAAUUGCCUUUUGUGACCUCCAAUACGAUCAUUCGGACCUUUCGACAUGCAGUGUCUUUGGAUGAACAUCGAGCAAAGUUCAAAGCGAACCUGUGGAAUAGGCCGAGUGCGAGAGAGUCACUGUUGUGUACACCGAUGUCAUGCCCGGUGAACUCCCGUAUGAAUACGACCAAUUCUAUCUUGCGUAGACCAUGGUAUGCACAUGGAAUGGAGCCAGGGAUAGAAUGGCGUCCAGAAGAUGAGAAACUAUUGGAGGAGAUGGAAAAGCUCUAUUCGUCGUCUUCCGCGCGGCCCACUGAUGUUGAGGAGGUUUGGUUUGCGGGAUGCCACUGUGAUGUCGGGGGCGGUUCUGUGAAGAACUCGACGCGCUAUUCGUUAUCACGAAUUUCUUUGCGAUGGAUGAUUCGAGAGUGCUUCAAAGUGAAGACAGGAAUCAUGUUCGAUUCAGAGCGCCUAAGACAGAUAGGUCUCGAUCCUACAACAUUGUAUCCUUUUGUUAUGCCACGGCCGCCGGCGCUAUCGGUGGGGUCUGCUCUGAUACCAGCGGGACGGACGAAGAAGUCGCUAGUGAAGAGGAUCAUAUCUGGAUUUCAUUGUCGAACUCAGCCAGUGCCCGGUGGUUCCGACAAGUGUAAAACUUUAGUUCAAGAUAUUGAUGAUCAAUGUCUCCCAAUUGGAACCGAAGAAGAGGAGGAACUUCAGGACGCAUUGUCGGUCAUAUACGAUCAACUCAAAUGUUCGAAAUCGUGGUGGAUUCUUGAGAUCAUUCCUAUGGUCUUCCGACAGCAGAAGGAGAAUGACGAGUGGGUGUCCUGGUUUGGGGUGAAUCUCGGACGGCCUCGAGAGAUUCCAAUGCCAUACAGAGUCAAGGUCCAUCGUAGUGUCCGUAUGCGGAUGGAGGCUUUCCAUGAGCAUGACUGUCGAAAACAGUAUAAACCGAAGGCUCAUUUCGAAAAGCCAAUAUGGAUAGAUGAUGAUGUACCUUUGCAAGCUGAACAGAAGAACUGAAGUCUACUAUUCUUUUUGCAGUGCUGUACUUUAAUUCAUAGGUCAGUCACCUAUUCCGUUUGAACGCAAUUAUGAGAAGACUAGGAAUGCAUUGUAUGGCUCAGAUCAUACAUAGUAGUUGCCUGGAUGGUGGAUAGAUUGGUCCUAGUAGAGAGGGCGGGAAGUAAUUCUGUGUUGUCCUUAACUGUGUUUGCGGAGGUGCCUAUAGAUGUGCUGCUAUCUGGCAUUUACCAGGACGCUGAUGGGAGAGAAGGACGAUGAGAUGCUUUGCAGACAGUGGAUUAGUGUUGACUUACCACGAGAAAUUCCGGGGAAUAAAAUUCGCCAUUUUAGAUGGGUUUC